GCGCGUCCGGUCACGUGGUUCCGCCGCGCGUGGCCGCCAGCGGCGCCGGGGCCGGGUCGGGGUCGAGGCCGAGGCCGGGAACGAGCUCCGGUCCGGGAUGUUCCGCAUCGAGGGGCUGGGGCCCAAGAUGGACCCGGAGGAGCUGCGGCGGAAGAUGCGCCGCGACGUGCUCUCCUCCGUCCGCAACUUCCUCAUCUACGUCGCACUGCUGCGGAUCACUCCGUUCAUCCUGAAGAAGCUGGACAGUAUAUGAGCCCUGGGGGCCGGCGGGAUGCCCUGCAGCUGCUGUCCCCGGCGCCGGGCCCUCGCGGUGAGACGCAGCCAGCGCCGCAUGCUGCCGCCCGUGUCCCCUCGGCGCGGCCCCGCGGGGCAGCGCGGCGGUGCGGGCACGCCGGGCCGGACGGAGCGCUCCCUGUGCUGUGAACAAAGCCCCUGCCCUCCCCGCACGCUGCGGCUGCCCAGCUCACCCGGCCGUCCGUGUGCACGCCCUGCACGCAGCUCACAGCGGUGCGAUUGAAAUAAACGGGAGAGCAGCUGUGUCGCGGC